AGAGAAGGGAAAAGACGACGAGCGAGCAGGCAGACACCGACACCCCAUUCCCCUCUCUCCCAUUAUCUCCUUCCGUCUUGAGUUUCCCUGUUGAGUUCCCCUCUUGUCUCCCUAUCAGAUUCCGUUGUUGUAUUUGGCGUUGGCGUGUUUGUUGUUGCACACCACGCUGGGGCCGGCUUUCUUGAUCUUCUCCGCCAGCACCGAUGCCAUCUUUUCGGCCACCGGAGCCCUUGCCAUGGGCAACUCGUGCUCACGCAACGUCACACGCUGCAGCCGGGAGGUCUUGUUGCCGCUCACCGGCGCACUGGCUGCUGCAGCCGAUGAUGACGCACUCUGAGAGGCGUCGUGAGGCAGACCAACCUGCAUGCACAAAGAAAAGAGACGUCACAUUUGUGUCCAUUGGCUUAGCUCUCGCUCGCUUCCUCACCUUGCUGCCCGUGGUGUUGUUCUCUUUGCCCUGGUUCCCAUUGUUGUCGUCCGGGGCCGCCUGGCCACCACCGGCGGCCGUCCACAUGCGACGCUGACUCGUCUCGUCCCGGACGGACCAGCCCACAUGUGCAUCGCUGCCGCUUGCGCUGCUAGACUCCUGCUGUGGGGCUGCUGCGGCACCCUGCUCUUGGUCCAUGGCGCGGUUCCGCUGACGUCGAGCGGCACGACGUCGCCGGCUUGUGGGCUCUUUCUUGACGUCCUCUGUCAUGGGCUGCGGCAGGGGCAUCAUAUCAGGGUUGUGAGCCCCCAUCACGUAGGCGAAUCGCAUGAGGAAGAAGAAUGCCUUGGGCCAGGCGUGGAAACGCUGCGGCAUGCUGACGGGACGGAUAGUUGUGCUCCUUGGACGAUGUCGCAACGAUGCGACUGUAACAGUUGAAGAGAGCGCUUGCAGUUCAAACUCGAAGCCGAACAGCUGAGGACCUUGGG